GAGGGCGGCUCUGAACUCCCCUCUCUCUUUCUCUGCUCUCUCCUCUGCUCCGGCACCGGCACACACCGCACCGUCGGGCCCCGGCGUGGGACGCGCCCGCGGCGAGCAGCUGCUGCCGGCAGCCCGUGCCCGCCUCGCCCAUGGCGGGGCCGCGGGACCCCGCGGAGCGCUGCUCCUGCCGCAACACCAACUGCGUGGAGCGGCCGCUGCGCCGGCUCUUCGAAGGGCUGGCGAGCGCCGUGGCCGCCUGCCCCUGGCCCUUCGUGCUGGUGCCGCUGCUGCUGUCGGGCGGGCUGGGCGCCGGCUUCCUCUUCCUACCGCGGCGGCAGGCGAACGACAUCGAGGGGCAGUUCACGCCGACGUGGGGGCCCGCCAAGGCCGAGCGCGACUUCGUGCGGCGGCACUUCCCCACCGACGACUCGGAGCGCUUCUCCGCCCCGCGGCUGCCCACCGAGGGCGCCUACGCCGCCCUCAUCGCUGUGGCGACGAACGGGACCUCGGUCCUGGAGCCGGCGGCGUGGGCAGAGGUGCUGCGGCUGAACGCCGCCGUGCACGACGCCGAGUACGAGCGGCUCUGCGCCCGCACCGCCGGCGUCUGUGCCAGCCCCAACCCGCUGCUGUCGCGGCGGGGCGAUGCGGGACCGCCCGCCCCGGGGAGCCUCCGCUUCCCCGUCAACGGCAGCGUCUUCCUGGGCGCCGCGCUGGGCGGCGUGGAGACGGACGGCGGGCGGGUGCUCAGGGCGAGGGCCCUGAAGCUGGUGUAUUACCUGCGGGAGGACGGCCCCGAGGCGCAGGACAGCCGGCAGUGGCUGGAGAGCUUCCUGCAGAGCAUCACUUCCAAAGUGGCGGAGCUGCGCCUCGGCUCCGUUCAGGUGACUUAUUUUACCUCACUGUCCAGACAACAGGAGUUUGAAGGAAAUACCAAGAGUGUGAUCCCGCUCUUCUCCGUGACAUAUUUCCUGACAAUAACGUUUGCAAUCAUCUCUUGCCUAAGACUGAGCUGUAUAAGAAAUAAUAUCUGGCUUGCAAGCUGUGGAGUGCUUUCUUCUGGCUUAGCUGUAUUAAGCAGCUUUGGAUUGAUGCUCUUCUGUGGAGUACCAUUUGUGGUCACUGUAGCAAAUGCACCAUUCCUGAUUCUGGGUAAGUAGAAAAAGUGAGUUGUAUUCAGAUACAAAGACCAGAGUGAAGUUAAAACAACCUAAUGGUGUCAGUCUUUUAUGAUAUGAAUGUCAGAUGAUACAACAUUUUGUCCUGAAGUGAGUGUAGGAGAUACCCAGAGAGGCAGCCCUCUCAGAGCACCUGCAGAUGGGCAAACCCCUCAGCUCAGUGUGCCACAGUGGGACUGGAGAUGGGUUCUGGUGCAAGGGCAGCUUUCCCUAGAAGACAAGGUCUGAUCUAGAUCCACUGCUACAGCAGGAAGACUGUAAAUGAGAGAGUGGAACAGUUAGCACUUGUGGCAUGGUUCUAGUGUCCCUGGAAGUGUAGCCAGGAAGAUUCAUUCUCUGCAAUAUAACAUCUAUGUAUGAACCAGUCUCAGUUGGCUGCACAACUGAAGUGAUGCACCAUUUGAGCAAGCAGCUCCCCCCAAAAACCCAAGGAAGUUGGUAUCAUUGCAUCCUUGUUACACAGGCUGCUUAACAGCCAGUGGUGAACUUUCCAAAUAUUGAUAGUGUUGCUGCAAUUAGAUAAUGUUUCCAACUACAUAAUGUUGCUGCAAACAAAUGACUGCUUUUAAAAUCCUUACUGGUCUCCUAUAUCAUAUAUUCUUCUGAUGUUUUCUUGGGCUUGGUCACAUGCUGAGGAAGGCACAUGGAGCUCCCAGGUUGACAAAGGCUGUGCAUCAUCCUAAGAUGCCCAAUGCAACUGCUCCUUUGGGCAGGCAUUGUUUCUGUGUUUCCUGCAUAAUUCUAAUGCAUUUUAAUUUACUUUUGCUUGCUCAUCAAUUGCAGUGGCUGACUAUCAAGAAGCCCCUUUUGUAUACCUGGGAAAGGGCUUAAGCCAGUCACUUCAGAUCUUCAGCAAUAACACGCAGACUUCUGUCUUCCUUGUGUUAAAGCAAACAAAUUCUCAGUACAUCAGAGGAUUUGUUUGAAGGCUGCUUGCUUUCUGAAGCAGACUGGCUCACUGCCAUCCUUUAGUACCUUUUGAUGUGCUGCCUAAUUCAUCUUUGCAUGUUUACUGGCAACUGCCUUUUCAGGUAGCAGGUAAUACUUUCCUCUCUUCUUCUGUGCUUGGCUAAAUCUCACUCCGCUAUUUGCGCAGCCUUGCUUUCCUUCUGUUGUGUUAAUUUUCAGUGAAUAGAAGAGCCCUUGACAACAUGGCAAAAUACUGAAAGGUGUGAGAUAAUAAUCUUGAGAAUUAGCAGAGGUUAGAGAAGCCCACUGGCUCUUCAUUUUUGAACUUCAGCUCACUUACUCUGGCAUCUUACCAAAAACCCAAACCCAGGAUCCAGUCUUCCUGGCAGGUUUUCCCAGGGACCUGUCAGGUAAUAUUUGUGAGCACAUUGGUAUAAAGGUGAACAGAAAUUAAUAAUAAAUCGUGAAUAAGUGCUGGAAGAUAAACUGGAGAGAAGUGG